UUCGUCAUAUUUAUUUCAUUACAUGAAGUCAAAAAAGUUUAUUUAAAUGACGCAGGAAAUUGCCAUUAUCGAUGUCCUGAAUGAUGUUUAAGUCAAAAGGUGAUAAUUAGCUAAAUUGCUCAAAUAUGGCUAGAUCAUUUUAAAAUCCUAAAUAUCGCAACAUGCACAUUUACAGUGAUAUAGACUCGCAACCAAUCAGUGUUCAGCUUCAAUAAUACAAACAUAUACGCUUAUAUAUAGAUUCUGAGAAUAUCUUGAGGCUCAUUCUUACAUGUUCCAUCCGUGAGAUGAGUAUACGCUAAGACAUAAAAAAUAAUCCAAUAUCAAUUUUUUUUUGUGUUGGAGCACAGUGAAUUUUUAGAGAAUCGUUUUUACAAAAACACAUUUUUAAUAUGGCUGGGAUGGAUCUAAAGAGUGAUCAGACCGAGACAGAGAGAUUGGAGGAGGUCUUCAUGAAGAUAAGUCUAUUUAAUGCCAUAUCAAGUGAUGACCCUGAUAGAGUUGAUCGUAUACUCACAAGUGGUACAAAUCCUAACAGUGUGUACCAUCUUCACAAUCCACUCUGUGUUGCAGUACAGGAAAAUCUUCAUGAAAUCGUAGAUGUACUUUUGAAGCAUAACUGCGAUGUGAACCAAUCAGAUUUAUCGGAUCCGAUGUGGUGCCGUCCUGCCCUCCAUUUAGCGUGUUCAUCUGGGUUUUAUGAAUUGGUACAGAAGUUGAUCAAACAUGGAGCAGAUAUUAAUCUUUGUGACCAGGAUAACAGGACCCCACUCCAUUGGGCAGCGACUUAUGGCCACAAUUCUGUCGCAAAACUUCUAAUCCGAAAUGGGGCUUCAGUGAACAUUGCCCAGCAAGAUGGUUUCACACCUUUACAUUCUGCGGCAUGUCUUGGUCUGGCGGAUGUCUGCUCAUUCCUCAUUCAAAAUGGUGCUGAUGUGAAUAUCAAAGAUAAAGAUGGCUGGACUGCUAUGUUGGCAAGUUCUUGCUAUGGACACUUCAAUAUCGUAUGCCUUCUCAUUAGUUAUGGCUCAGAUAUCAAUGUACGUAAUAAGGACCUUGAUUCUGCCAUUCAUGUCACUAUAGAUUGCGGCCAUACUGAAAUAGCCAACAUGCUUAUUGAAAAUAACAUCAAGCUCGAUUUUGUGAACAAGAAGAAUUUCACACCACUGCACAUAGCUGUAAAUAGAAAUAACAUCUCAAUGGCCAAGAAGCUUAUUGAGCUAGGAGUUGAUGUCAACAUCAAACAAGAGGGCGGACAUUCACCGUUAUAUCUGGCAGCUCUGGUGAAGUUUGAGGAGAAGAUGGUACGUUUGUUGUUGAUGUGUGGAGCCCAACUGAUGCAGGAAGAGUUCCUGGUGCUACAAGACCCACCAGAGGCCAUGUUACAGAAGUCUGGCUUCAAAGAGAUGUUGACCAUGUUAAGGUCACAAAUAACAUCCCCUUCAGCACUCUAUGCUUCUUGUUGCUACAGUGUGAGGAAGACUUUGGGCAAGAACUAUUCAGAAAAAGUGAAACAUUUACCCAUUCCAGUCACUACGAAGCAGGAUAUUGCUAUGGACUAUCUCAAUUAUGAAGACUUUGGUUAUGGUCGGAUCAAGUCACAACAAUGAAAAACUUCAUUAAUUGGCUUAUCCCCUUAUUUCAAUAGAAAUAAAUAAUGGCAGGCCAUUGAUGGUGAAAUACAGCAUGAUUUAAAUAUAAUAUCAUGUAAAGCAUGAAUCGAAGGUGAGUGCAUUUGCACUGUCAUUCUGUCCAACGAGUGUGGAAUUUUUCCAUAUUGAAUGGCCUGACAUUAUAAACUAUGAUGCAAACAUAAAAGCAAAGAUAAACUUUGUUCAAAGAAUGAGGAUAUAGGUCCGUGUAAUAGAACCAUUUUCCAUCGAUGUGAUGUCACAACACAAUGUGAUGUCACAAUACAAUGUGAUGUCACAACACAAUGCGAUGUCUCAACACAAUGCAGAUUACUGUGUGCAGAUUUUUUUAAGCUGAUAAUAAUAAUAUAUAUUUCAGUUUUUAGUCAGAAUGAAUAGUCAUUCUUCUAUUGAGAAUUAGAGAAAAGCUAAUAGGCUGCAAUCUAAUUGGAUGAGAGACUCAGAAAAAGCAUACUUAUGUUUGAAUAAACUUCUAGUUUUUUUACUGAGUAUAAAAGCAUCAAAUGUACAUAAUUGUUCUCUUGUACUUAUUAGGAAGGAUAUUUUGUGUAUUGUAAUUAUUGAAGUUGUUCUAAUUAGCACAUAAAAUAAAUGCUGAACACAUCAAUUGUUCUAGUAUAUAGUGAAAAUGAAUAUGUUUAGGGAUAUUAAC